AGAUAUGUAUAUCAUCUAAAAUAUUUUUUGUUCCAAUUAUCAUUGUUGCUUUCAACUUUAGUGCUAUUUGACGUUAGUGCCUUCGCCGUAAGUGGCACAUGUGGAAAUAUUUGUAAACAAACCUAACAUAUUAUCAUUUAGUUUAAAUUAAAAAAGUAGAUGUCUAUAAAUCUUAAUAUGAUAAAACUUAAUAAAGUAUAUUUAGCUUUAAAUAUAAAUUAUUACCAAAAACUACGUCAGUGCUGUAAUGCAAAAGUGUUAGAUCCAGUCAGUGCACGAUCAAGAGCUUGGCAACGAGUAAGGGAAAAGUAUGAUAAUUAUGUAGGUAUCGUCUACAAUUCUACUUUGGAAAGACAGAAUUCCAUGUCAAAUAAGAAAAGAAUAUCUCUAAAUAUGAAAUUCCAAAAUAAUGUAAAUACAUAUACUUCAAAUAAUAAAUUUGUUGAAAUAAAAUCUUUAAACACAAAACCAGCUGCAAUACAUGUUCCAACAAAUUGGAUGAAUGAUUAUGAAUUUUAUAGUGAUGUAGGGAGUAAUAACAGACAUGGCACAGAAGACAGUAAAAUACCACCUUCAAAGGUGCCUUGUGGUGGUUGUGGAGCAUUUUUACAAUGCUCUACCUCAGUUUUACCGGGAUUUAUACCAGUGGAAAUAUUUAAAGGACGUACACCGAAUGAAUUAAAGCAAAUUGUCUGCAAACGUUGCCAUUUUCUAAAGCAUUAUAACAUUGCACUGGAUGUGGAAGUAACACCAGAAACCUAUGUAGAUACUAUAUCGCGCAUCAAGGAUAAAUUUGCAUUAGCGGUUAUAAUUGUUGACUUACUAGAUUUCCCAUGUUCAAUUUGGCCAAAAAUGUCAAAUGUUUUAGGAAAUAAAAGGCCAGUUUUCAUUGUUGGAAAUAAAGUUGACCUGUUACCACGCGAUUCAAAUAAUUAUUUAGAGCACAUCAAAAAAUGUCUAAAGAGUGAAAUAGUGCAACAUGGUGUUGAUGUUAUGAAUAUUAAACAUGUCAGUUUAAUAUCUGCAAAAACAGGAUAUGGUGUGGAGGAACUUAUAACUCAGUUACAUAAAAUAUGGAAUUAUAAAGGUAAUGUUUAUAUUAUGGGUUGUACUAAUGUUGGAAAAAGUUCACUGUUUAACAUAUUACUCAAUUCCGAUUAUUGUCGUCCGCAAGCAUCUAAUCUUGUACCCAGAGCAACUACGUGUCCUUGGCCUGGAACAACAUUAGAAAUGUUAAAAUUUCCUAUAUUGCGACCAUCGUCAAUAAGAGUUUUUAAACGUUUCAAACGGCUUGUUUCAGAGCGUGCUGAUAAAAAUGAAGAACAAAAUCUUCGUCUGGAGUUAGCACGAAAAACUGGUUUAAAUGAAGCUGCACAACCUUUCGGUUCUGUACGUAGAACAUUUGAUAAUCGCGAAGAUGUGAAUGAUGUAUUUUCUAUAAGUUUAGGAAUGCAUCCAAUUAUAAGUAUAAAUGAGAGAAGUGCAGAGUAUGCGCAGGCUAGAUGGUGUUAUGAUACACCAGGUGUUAUGCAUCCAGCACAAAUUACGAACUUACUAAGUUCUGAGGAAUUAAAACUUUUAGAACCUAAAGAAAUUAUAUGCCCACGUGCUGUUAUUUUACAACCAGGAUUUAGUAUAUUGCUUGGUGGAUUAGCUCGACUAGAUUUAAUUGAAUGUAAAAAUUAUAACAAUGGCAUCAAAGUGUUUGCCUUUAGUUCACCACAAUUACCAAUUACUGUAGCUCAAACAACAAAUGCCUGUGAUAUAUAUAAAAAAUAUUUAGGCACUGAGAUACUUGGUUUCCCAUUUGGGUCUGAAGAACGUUUAAACCAGUGGCCGGGACUUCAGUGCAGAAGAGAAAAUCUGCAUAUGGUUGCUGCUAAUGGCGAUGUUUUAAGCGGCGAUAUUGUACUUUCUUCAGCAGGUUGGAUCGGUGUUUAUGCUCCAACUGGGUGUGAAUGUGUUUUUCAGGCAUGGACACCAUAUGCUCGUGGUAUAUUUUUGCGAACCCCUGCACUUGUUCCGAAUGCAACACGUUUGAUAGGAAAACGAAUAAGAAAUACUUUAGCUUAUAAUUUAUCAAAACCAUUUGUUUUUAAAAAAUAAGUUUUCUGUAUGAAUAAAUUUACAAAGCGAACUGAUGAAAUGUAUAAUUUCAAAAAACUGUUUAUUUAUGUGAUAAAUAAAUAUGUUAUAUAGCAA